GGGGUGGAGUUCUACUCCUUUACUUUCCACUCCACACAGUAGGGACGAGAGAUCUCGCCGCUGUCAGAAGAGGCGCACACUUGCACUCUUCUUUGAGUUUUUCAUUUAGCGAACCAAACCUGUUGUGUAGUAAUUUUUUUCUUGUAACAUUGCUGAUAUAUUAAUAUAAAGCGCAUCACAGGGCAUCCGCGCUCUCCAGCGCGCGACCAGCACAGACGCUGAUUUUCUGUCACCCUGCCUGCUGCGGUCCUGCGCGCGCCCGCGCCUCGCUGGAGCUGUGAGAUUUUAGGAAGCACCGCAGCAGCCCGAACUGCUAAACUGUUUGAAGUAGAGAGCGUUCUAUUGUCCCACGCGCCCAUGGAAGGGGACGUUAUGGAUAAACUAGAGGACAUGGCCUCAGUGAGCGAGUUCGACCCUAUCACGGGGAAUAUUCCCGCCACCAAAGUGGAGAUCACCGUCUCGUGCAGAAACCUGUUAGAUCGAGACACGUUCUCCAAGUCUGAUCCUUUGUGUGUUCUGUACACUCAGGGAGUGGAGUCUAAGCAGUGGCGUGAGUUUGGGAGAACUGAAGUCAUCGACAACACCCUGAACCCAGACUUUGUGAGAAAGUACAUCCUGGACUAUUUCUUUGAGGAGAAACAGAAUCUUCGGUUUGACAUAUAUGACAUUGACUCUAAAAGUCCUGAUCUGGCCAAACAUCCCUCCGAUUUCAACGAUUUCCUAGGUCAGACCUUCUGCACUCUGGGUGAGAUAGUGGGUUCACCAGGCAGUCAUCUGGAAAAGCCUCUGGGUGGCAUCCCUGGGAAGAACUGCGGUACCAUUAUUCUCACUGCAGAGGAACUUGGAAACUGUCGGGACUGUGCAACAAUGCAGUUCUGUGCCAAUAAGCUGGAUAAGAAAGACUUCUUUGGCCGCUCUGACCCGUUCAUGGUGUUCUACAGAAGUAAUGAGGACGGAACGUUCACUAUUUGCCAUAAAACUGAAGUGGUAAAGAAUACGCUGAACCCUGUCUGGCAGCCGUUCACCAUCCCUGUCAGAGCGCUUUGCAAUGGAGAUUAUGACAGGUCAAUUAAAGUGGAGGUGUACGACUGGGACAGAGAUGGCAGUCAUGAUUUUAUCGGCGAGUUCACCACCAGCUACAGAGAGCUCUCUCGCGGUCAGAGUCAGUUCAACGUGUAUGAGGUGGUGAAUCCUAAAAAGAAACUCAAAAAGAGAAGAUACAUCAACUCUGGCACAGUGACACUGCUUUCAUUCUCAGUGGAGGCCGAACACACGUUCCUGGACUACAUCAAAGCAGGCACUCAGAUCCAUUUCACAGUGGCCAUUGAUUUCACUGCCUCCAAUGGGAACCCUUCACAGUCUACCUCCCUGCACUACAUGAACCCCUAUCAGAUGAACGCGUAUGCCAUGGCGUUGAAGGCCGUGGGCGAGAUCAUUCAGGACUAUGACAGCGAUAAGAUGUUUCCUGCAUUGGGCUUUGGAGCCAAGCUUCCUCCUGAUGGCCGGGUUUCCCAUGAAUUUCCCCUGAAUGGUAAUGUAGAUAACCCAUAUUGCAACGGGAUGGAGGGCAUCCUAGAGGCUUACCACCAGAGUCUGAAGACUGUCCAGCUGUACGGCCCCACCAAUUUUGCUCCUGUUAUCAACCAUGUAGCGAGGUAUGGUGCAGCAGUUCAAGAUGGCUCGCAGUACUUUGUGCUUCUCAUCAUCACAGACGGUGUGAUAUCAGAUAUGGCUCAGACUAAAGAAGCCAUCGUCAAUGCGGCAAAACUACCUAUGUCCAUCAUUAUUGUUGGAGUUGGCCAGGCUGAGUUUGAUGCCAUGGUAGAACUGGAUGGCGACGAUGUAAGAAUAUCCUCCAGAGGAAAGCUGGCGGAAAGGGAUAUUGUACAGUUCGUACCAUUCAGAGACUAUAUGGACCGGACAGGAAACCAUGUCUUGAGUAUGGCCCGACUUGCCAAGGAUGUCCUGGCUGAGAUUCCAGAGCAGUUAAUCUUAUAUAUGAAGUCAAGGGGCAUCAAGCCCAACCAGACGCCACCAGACUACAGCCCACCUGGGCUCAGCCCAACCCCCACCAUAUGAGUUUACCCAGCCUGCCGAAAGAAAACAGCCAUGCUUGUUAUGUCACCUCCAAUUUGGAUCUCAUUCAAAGCCAAUACGACUGAUUCAGUAUAAGGCAUCUAGAGGAGCGGAUGGUUUCAAUUCUCCGUCUUUGGAUCUCAUACACUGGAGAAAUUGAAAACUGUAUCUGUUUUCUGGCCUUUGAACUGAAAAGGAUGGUUCUUACUGGUUUGUGAGUUUGUUUCCCCCCAUAAUUUCUUCACGAAUUAGUCAACGUUAUGAACAGAUUUAUAGUUUAGAUAUGACUGUGCCAGAUAUAUGGAGAACAUCUGCGCAAGCAAUGCAAUUUUCUGCUCAUUUAACAUCUCAACAUCUACAAAAACGCUUGUGUGUCAGCAUGCAAGGACUGUGUGUUAUAUUAGGAAAAUCUUCUUAUAUAUUUUAUAUCCACCAGAGGAGGUAAACAAGAGCAUCACUAGGAAGUGUGAUUUUAAAAUAUAGUGAAAUUAUAACUGAUUGUUUGAAAUAUUAUACCCUGUAUGGGUAAUCUAUGUAGUGGAAUGGUUUGAUUUGUUUGUAGAAUUUGUAGAUAGUUCAUGUAAUUGUGGUUUUAUUUUUCCACAGGGUUUUGGGCAAAGUCUUUUUAGUACAAAGUAAUACUUCCCAUUGCAGUUUCCCAUUUAUAGCUUUUUAGAGCUAUGAUAAACAAGAUUUUCUAUUCUAAAGCAUGAAAUCCAGGUAAAAACAAUUGUACAUUGCAUUAAGACACUGUAUCAAAUGUAUUUACAUACUUUAAAUUAGAAAAUUCCACUGUAAAAGUCAGAGAAAGCACAAAUAUUUUCUUAAUGCUGUAAAAUUUGUAAAUGUUAAUCAGAGAGAAGUCACAGAUUCAGAUUCAUUACUCACACUUUACGCAGACUGAAAUUUCAGGCAAAUGAUCAACGCUUAAGAACGCCAGAUUUACUUUCCUUUUUAAUUUGCCACUCCAGUUCCUUAAUGCUCUGGAGCCGGUAUAUCUUGAUAUUGUACAGCAGUUCCUCAGACACACACAACCCAUCAGGGGGAAACAUGAGAGAUGCCUCGCCGCUCGCUGCUAAAGAUGAUUGGAGAUGAAGCAGCAUCUGCUGUUUUUCUCAUAGCACUGUUUGACUCGUAUCCAGCCACGCUAAACCUUUGCCCUCUCAUUUCUGGGAUUCUCCCUGGAGUUUAAAACACUUUUCUAUUUUCACCAUGACAGGAAUUAUUUUAGUGGUUUCAAAAGAUAAAAAGCACAUUGCAUGCAGCUGAAGUUGCAUUACUCGCAGUGCAAACACAAUGCCAUUUUGUUUACAUGUUUGGAUGAUUUAUAGCAUUGGCAUAAUAUAAUUACUGUAGAUAAGCAUCGAACAUAGUUAAAUUGAUAAACUUGCCUUACAAACAGUAAGUUUACAUUAAUUGUUGAUAGCAAGUAUAAAUUAGAAACAGUAUUUUAUAUAUUAUUGCUAAGGAAGCUCAUGUUGAUUUUUACUACCUUAAGACUUAAAACAUUCAGUUAAAUCUCAGAAAAUGUUAGAUUUACUCUUAUUUAGCAUUAGAAACACUAAAAAACAUAGUAGCCUAUACAGCCUCUUUUGUCAGAGGUCCAUUCCUUAUCAUAGACAAAUGUGUAUGUAUCAGUAAAUACAGACUGUUUUUUUUUUUUUGACAGCAGGGCUGUUUAUACUUGUUCUUAUUCAUUGUUUUGAUACAUUUUCUUCUUGUCCAGUAAAUCUUGAUGUCUUUGCUGGUUUGUCCCAAGUUGUAACAAUGUUUUGGUUUUAGAGCAAGCAUCUGUUAAUAUACUUCUAUUUUACACACUGUAGAUUAUGAACUGUGAAGUUGAACUGCAUUUUUUUUAAGCACAGAUGUUUACAAAAUGAGAAUUCCUCCUUUUAACCCACUUUUACAACAAGAAUGACUUCUUUUGCAGAGAUUGUUACAUUUGGAAAACUGUUCCCAGGUAAUAAGACAAUGUGUUUAAGAGCGCCUCUCUUACCUUGAGUUAUUAGCACACUUUUAGUUACUGAGAAUAAAGUGAUCCAUCAAUCAAUUAGGAGGUGAAGAUGAAGUCUGACAAAGGGAGCAUUGGGCGAAAGGGUUUGUUUAAGAGUGUUAACAGGUAUAUUGAUUUUAAAGACUGAUUUACUCUUCACUGGAUAUUGUUUUCUUUUUUUUUUAUUUGGUGUUUUUAAGUGUUUUUUCUUUUCUUUAUACUAAUUCUGCUUUUCAGAUGUAAACCUGUAAUUUCUACUAGCAUAAAUGUAACCUUUUUUAAAUCCUAUUUAAUAUUUAUGAACACAUGGCUGCUAGGAAGCUUGUUAAUCCGAAAAACAAAUUACAGACUUCCUGAAACACAUGUAUAUCUCUAUCCAGAGAAUGUUAAUGGGUUAAUUUUAUAGCAUGGUGUAAAUUUAGCAAAUACUAUUUUUUUUUUUAUCCCACUAUAAUAAAGCCAGUAAGUCAUAGUGAAGUAGCUCACAAAAUUAUUGCAAAGAGGUAAUAGUAUGAAAAAGUGUAAAUUAUGUACUAAAGAUGUGGCCCUUGUCCAGUGCUAACAUUCCCUCUGUGAGAUAUGCAUGAUUGUGCCAAAAUGGCCGCCGGGUUCAGUGAUAAACUGACCUGUUGCUUUUCGUUAAGCCUCUGCCGCUCAUCUCAUAACCGGAACACAGAGCAUGAAGCAUCUCAUCCUUGCUGGAUUCAUUUUCCUUCUCUCUUUUUCUCUUCUUCUUUACCUCUCUUUAUCUCAGUCGAUAUGCAUGGUGAGCUGUUCCAAACUGAACAUAGAACAUUGCUGUUGUCAUUCCCGUGGUGUGUGAAAUUUGUAAUGGAUUGCCUUAAAAAUGACAAAGAAUAAAACAAUGACAACGUUUUUCUUGAA